CGAUUGGUUCAGUGACCGGAAGAGGCGUGCCUGUUGCCUAGCUCUGACAUCACUGGCUGCGCCGGAGCGAUGCUAAAGGUGUGAACUCCGCUGGAUGCGGUCGGGCCCUUUGUGUUGUGAGUGGGGCCACGUCGGUAUCGACCCAGCAGUGUAGGACCUCAGAUUGCUGAAGCAGCGCAAGGGGCAUCACCAUGGGGGAUGACAGCGAGUGGAUGAAACUUCCUAUUGACCAGAAAUGCGAACACAAGGUUUGGAAAGCCAGGUUAAAUGGUUAUGAAGAGGCUGUAAAACUUUUUCAGAAGAUUGUGGAUGAGAAGAGUCCAGAAUGGUCAAAAUACCUGGGACUCAUAAAAAGAUUUGUGACCGAGUCCAAUGCAGUCGCGCAGUUAAAGGGCCUGGAAGCAGCUCUGGUUUAUGUCGAAAAUGCUCACGUGGCAGGAAAGACAACUGGGGAAGUGGUCAAUGGCGUAGUAAAUAAAGUAUUUAACCAGCCAAAAGCAAGAGCGAAAGAAUUGGGAGCAGAUAUCUGCCUAAUGUACGUAGAGAUUGAGAAAGCCGAAGUCGUUCAAGAAGAACUACUGAAAGGUCUUGAUAACAAGAACCCGAAAAUUGUAGUCGCCUGUGUGGAAACUGUGAGAAAAGCACUGAGUGAAUUUGGCUCCAAAAUUAUGACCCUCAAGCCAAUUAUUAAAGUGUUGCCAAAGCUGUUUGAAUCUCGAGAGAAGGCCAUUCGAGAUGAAGCCAAAUUGCUGGCGGUUGAGAUUUACCGCUGGAUUCGAGAUGCCCUGAGGCCUCCCUUGCAGAAUAUCAAUCCAGUACAGCUUAAAGAGUUAGAAGAGGAGUGGGUGAAGCUUCCUCAGUCUGCGCCUAAACAGACCCGCUUCUUGCGUUCCCAGCAAGAUCUCAAGGCUAAGUUUGAACAACAGCAGGCUGCAGGGGAUGAUGGAGGUGAUGACGGUGAAGAAGAGAUUGUACCACAAGUGGAUGCCUAUGAGCUGCUUGAAGCUGUAGAGAUCCUUUCUAAAUUGCCCAAAGACUUUUAUGACAAAAUCGAGGCCAAAAAGUGGCAAGAGAGGAAAGAAGCUCUGGAGGCUGUGGAAGCCCUUGUAAAAAAUCCCAAGAUUGAAGCAGGAGACUUUGCAGAUCUUGUGAAAGCCCUAAAAACGGUCGUCGGAAAAGACACCAACGUCAUGCUUGUGGCCCUGGCUGCUAAAUGCAUUGCAGGGCUUGCAGCUGGUCUCAGGAAGAAAUUCGGAUCCUAUGCGGGACAUAUUGUGCCAACUAUAUUGGAAAAGUUUAAGGAAAAGAAGCCUCAGGUGGUCCAGGCCCUUCAAGAAGCCAUAGAUGCAGUCUUUCUUACUACUACACUGCAAAAUAUCAGUGAAGAUGUUUUGGCUGUUAUGGACAACAAGAACCCAGCAAUAAAGCAACAAACAUCCCUGUUCUUGGCAAGAAGCUUCCGUCACUGCACUCCCUCCACCCUCCCCAAAAGCUUAUUAAAACCCUUCUGUGUUGCACUACUUAAGCAAAUCAAUGACUCUGCCCCAGAGGUGAGAGAUGCUGCUUUUGAGGCUCUUGGCACGGCACAGAAGGUGGUUGGAGAAAAGGCCGUCAACCCCUUUCUUGCAGAGGUGGAUAAGCUGAAGCUUGACAGGAUCAAGGAAUGUGCCGAUAAGGCGGAGUUGGCCAAUGGUAAGAAGGGAGGUGCUGCAGCUGGAGAGAAGAAGGAAACCAAAGCACCAGCUGCAGCUCCUGGGAAACCAGUGCCAAAUCAGGGAGCAGCAGCUGAGAAGGAUGCAGGGAAAGCAGCUGCAGCUCCCAAAAAGGCCCCUGCUGCCAAGCCAGGAGGACCUGUCAAGAAAGCCAAAGCGCCUGCAUCCUCAGGAGCAACUGCAAAGGGCAAAAAGGCAGUGGAAAAUAAAGAGAUCAUUGAGCAGGAGCUCUCUCCAGAGGCUUGUGAAGAAAGGGCAGCUGCAGUUCUCCCGGCCUCCUGCAUGCAGCAACUGGAUAGCAGUAACUGGAAGGAGAGACUUGCCAGCAUGGAGGAGUUUCAGAAGACUGUAGAGUCUAUGGAGAGGAAUGACAUACCCUGUCAAGCACUUGUAAAGAUGUUGGCCAAGAAACCUGGAUUUAAGGAGACCAACUUCCAGGUCAUGCAGAUGAAGCUGCACAUUGUGGCGUUAAUUGCUCAGAAAGGAAAUUUUUCCAAGACUUCUGCCUGUGCUGUUCUGGAUGGGCUGGUGGACAAAGUGGGUGAUGUUAAAUGUGGUGGGAAUGCCAAGGAAGCACUUAGUGGCAUUGCAGAGGCUUGCACUUUACCUUGGACUGCUGAACAGGUUGUCUCGUUGGCUUUUGCACAGAAAAAUCCGAAGAACCAGUCCGAGACCCUAAACUGGCUCUCCAAUGCCAUCAAAGAAUUUGGUUUUACAGGGAUUAAUGUCAAGGCGUUUAUCAGUAACGUGAAAACCGCACUUGCAGCAACAAAUCCGGCCAUCCGGACGUCUGCCAUCACUUUGCUUGGAGUGAUGUAUCUGUACAUGGGGGCUCCGCUGCGUAUGUUCUUCGAGGAAGAAAAGCCUGCUUUGCUUUCACAAAUUGACGCAGAGUUUGAGAAGAUGAAAGGGCAGACUCCUCCAGUAUCCAUAAGAGGCUCAAAGCAUGGAUCUGGGAGAGACGAGGGUGAGGAAGGAGAGGAGCAAGAUGAAGAUGCUCCUGCUGAUGUCACGGACCUCCUGCCAAGAACUGAUAUCAGUGACAAGAUCUCAUCAGAUCUGGUAUCUAAAAUUGAAGACAAAAACUGGAAAAUCCGAAAGGAGGGUCUAGAUGAAGUGUCUGCCAUCAUUAACGAGGCCAAAUUUAUCCAGCCCAGUAUUGGAGAGCUACCGAGUGCUUUGAAGGGGCGUUUGAACGAUUCCAACAAAAUCCUGGUCCAGCAAACUUUGACCAUUUUGCAGCAGCUCUCAACCGCCAUGGGGCACAACAUCAAGCAGCAUGUGAAGAACCUUGGCAUGCCAAUAAUAACUGUCCUGGGUGAUAGCAAGGCAAAUGUAAGAGCAGCAGCUUUGGGAACACUCAAAUCCUGGGUGGAUCAAACCGGUAUGAAGGAUUGGCUGGAGGGGGAAGAUCUAUCGGAGGAGCUAAAGAAAGAAAAUCCUUUCCUGCGACAAGAGCUCUUGGGGUGGCUUGCAGAAAAGCUGCCUUCCAUGCGUACUGUGCCCUCCGACUUGCAGCUCUGCGUCCCGUAUCUGUACAACUGCCUGGAAGAUCGCAAUGGGGAUGUGCGCAAGAAGGCACAGGAGGCUUUGCCGAUAUUCAUGAUGCAUAUUGGGUUUGAGAAGAUGUCUAAGGCUACUUCUAAGCUAAAGCCGGCAUCCAAGGAUCAGGUGGUAGCCCUACUAGAGAAAGCAAAGGCCAGCAUGCCAGCCAAACCUGCAGGUCCACCUGGCAAGGCUUCUUCCAAGCAGCCCCCUGCAGUUGCACAGGCAUCCGCUUCACCCCCACCAGCUGCUUCUUCUGAUUCUGGAUCUUCGACAUCGGAUUACAAACCAGAUCCUAAGAAAACCAAGCCAGGAACUCAAGCAUCCAAAGCGAAGACCCAGUCGGUCUCCUCUGAAGGUAAUACUAGUUUGAAUCCAUCCAAUACUAGUUUGACUCCAUCCAAAGCUAACACCAGCCUGAGCAAAGCCAAACCGGCUAAACAGACCCUGCCUGGAAAGAAAGCUCCAAGCAAGCCAAAUGCAAAGGACGAGGAGGACAAGUCUGGGCCAAUCUACAUAAUUGUUCCAAAUGGGAAGGAGCAGAGAGUGAAGGAUGAGAAGGCACUGAAGGUCCUCAAAUGGAAUUUCACUACCCCGCGUGAUGAAUAUAUUGAACAACUCAAGACACAGAUGUCCCCAUGUAUAGCCAGAUGGCUGCAAGAUGAGCUGUUCCAUGCCGACUUCCAGCGCCAAAUCAAAGGCUUGGCCGUAAUGACUGAGCAUUUGGAAAGUGAGAAAGAGGGGGUUAUCAGCUGCUUGGACCUCGUUUUGAAGUGGUUCACCCUUCGAUUCUUCGAUACGAACACAAGUGUCCUGAUGAAGUGUCUGGAGUAUCUCAAGCUGCUCUUCAUCAUGCUCAGCCAGGAGGAGUACCAUCUGACAGAGAUGGAGGGCACCUCCUUUCUUCCUUACCUAAUGCUGAAGGUGGGAGAACCAAAGGACAUAGUGCGGAAAGAUGUACGUGCCAUCCUAACUAAAAUGUGCCAGGUGUAUCCUGCCAGCAAGAUGUUUAACUUUGUGAUGGAAGGGACCAAAUCAAAGAACUCCAAGCAGCGAGCUGAGUGCCUGGAGGAGCUGGGUUGCUUGGUGGAGUCUUACGGUAUGAAUGUGUGCCAGCCCACACCUGCCAAAGCUCUGAAGGAGAUCGCUAUACAUAUAGGGGACAGAGACACGACUGUGCGUAACGCUGCCCUCAACACUAUAGUGACAGUGUACAACGUUCAUGGAGAACAGGUCUUCAAACUCAUUGGCAAUCUUUCAGAGAAGGACAUGAGCAUGCUAGAGGAGAGGAUCAAACGUGCAGGCAAGAAGCAAGCUGCGGCGGCUCCAGCUAAGCAAGUGGAGGAGAAACCUCAGCGUGUGCAGAGUGCCAAUGCCAGCAUCCUACGCAAAGCACCCCCGGAAGACAUGUCCUCCAAACUGAAAGUAAUGUAUCGAACUUAUAGGAUUCAAGCCCGAAACAUGGGAGGCCACACUGAGCCGUCUCACUCUGUCCCGCGGGAGUUCCAGUUGGACCUGGAUGAGAUCGAGAAUGACAAUGGCACAGUCCGAUGUGAGAUGCCAGCACUUGUACAGCACAAACUGGACGAGAUAUUUGAGCCAGUCCUAAUCCCGGAACCAAAGAUUCGUGCCGUGUCUCCGCACUUUGAUGACAUGCACAGUAACACGGCUUCCACCAUCAACUUUGUAAUCUCCCAGGUGGCCAGCGUAGACAUCAAUGCCAGCAUUCAAGCCCUUGCACAGAUUGAUGAGGUGCUGAGGCAGGAAGAUAAGGCUGAAGCCAUGUCUGGCCACAUUGACCAGUUCCUCAUUGCCACCUUCAUGCAACUGCGUUUGGCCUACAACACUCACAUGGCAGAUGAGCGGCUGGAUAAGGACGAUAUUGUGCGCUUGUAUAGUUGCAUCAUCGGAAACAUGAUCUCGUUAUUCCAGAUGGAAAGCCUGGCCAGGGAAGCUUCUACUGGAGUGCUGAAGGACUUAAUGCACGGCCUUAUUAGCCUGAUGCUGGAUGCUCGAAUAGAGGAUCUCGAGGAGGGGCAGCAGGUGGUGCGCUCUGUUAAUUUGUUGGUGGUGAAGGUGCUGGAGAAGUCGGACCAGACCAAUAUCAUAAGUGCUCUGCUUAUGCUGCUCCAGGAUAGCCUUCUGGCUACAGCGAGUUCCCCCAAUUUCUCCGAGCUGGUUAUGAAGUGUCUUUGGCGAAUGAUUCGUCUCCUGCCAGAGGCCAUAAACAAUCUCAAUCUGGAUAGGAUUCUGCUGGACAUCCAUAACUUCAUGAGGGUCCUACCCAAGGAAAAGCUAAAGCAGCACAAGAGCGAGAUGCCUAUGAGGACUCUGAAAACUCUCCUACACACACUUUGCAAGCUAAAAGGGCCCAAAAUCAUGGACCACCUGAGUAUGAUUGAGAACAAACAUGAGUCUGAGUUGGAGGCCCAUCUCCUCAGGGUGAUGAAGCACUCCAUAGACCGAACUGGUUCAAAGGGCGACAAGGAGACUGAGAAGGGAGCAUCUUGCAUUGAAGACAAGGUGGGAAAAGCAAACGUGAGUGACUUUCUUGCUGAAAUGUUUAAGAAGAUUGGCUCUAAAGAGAACACUAAAGAGGGCCUGGCAGAACUCUACGAGUAUAAAAAGAAAUACUCUGAUGCAGACAUCAAGCCAUUCCUCAAGAACUCCUCGCAGUUCUUCCAGAGCUAUGUAGAGCGGGGCCUCCGGCUCAUAGAGAUGGAAAGGGAGGGCAAAGCCAGAAUUGCCCCAAACACAGGAAUAUCAACCCAUGUGACAGAGAUGACCCCUCUCCCUACAGUGACCAAUACAGCAGCUCCUGUUUCAAACACAAAUGGGGAGGAAGUUGGGCCCUCCGUUUACCUGGAGCGGCUGAAAAUUCUGCGCCAGAGAUGUGGGCUUGACAAUGCCAAGCAGGACGAGAGGCCCCCAUUGACCUCGUUACUUUCAAAGUCUUCUGCCCCCGCCGUCGUGUCCUCCACCGACAUGCUACACAGCAAACUCUCCCAACUGCGAGAGUCACGGGAACAAUUUCAGCAUGUCGACCUCGACUCCAACCAGACCUACCCUAGCACAACCACCUCAUCCUCCGCCUCUUCAACAAACAUCGACGACUUGAAAAAGAGACUGGAAAGGAUAAAAAGUAGCCGGAAAUAAUAGCUUGCUAAUAAUAUCUGGCUGUUGUCCUAUUAUUACUCAAGGCCCCGUAUAGGAAUCCUAUUGCCCGCAGAGUGGCUGUUAUCUAGGCCUAACUUCUUCUAUGUAACAUAAUGUGCAAUUGUUUAGUCUGGAGGAGGGACAACAACAUAUUUACUGUGGCUGAGCUUUUUUUCUUUUUUUGUACAUACAUUGCUGUUCUAACUCCCUAGGUGUUUUAGUGUACAGAAUUGUCUGUCAUUUCCGCUUCCCUUCCUACAAUCUGAAAUUCUUUUUUUUUUUUUUCUUCUUUUGUCUGGUUUUAAUUGUUCUUUCCCCUGGCUCUUAUAUUUGUAACUCUGGCUGUUUAACAUGCUUUUAAUUUAACAUAAAGCAGUGGAUUGCUGAUUCUGUAUGGAAUCGUACGGCAUGGCAUGAAGACUUUUUUUGUAAAUAAAGUUUAAAAUACUG